ACCCCUUUUCUCUAUCCUUUUUCCAGAAGGAUCACUUAACUGAGUGUGCAGCAUUUCCCAGUCAUGGAUUCUCUGUCUCUUCUCCUCUCCCCUUAUCCACUCUCCACCAAAACCCCGAAAUUCCCCACCUUCAAACCCUUCUCCCAUUUCUCAAACCAUAGCAAACCACACUCUCCUAAAUCCCAAUUACCCUCUUUUUCUGCACUCCAAACACCUUCUCUUAACUCACUCCAAAACCCCUUAGCAAAACCUUUCUUCUCAUUUACCAUGCUCAACCUCUUCACUCCACUUCCCUGCCUCGCUGACGUGGCCUCCGACGACGCCGGCAAAAUCAACCUCGAAUCGGUUCUGGUUUCCAUCGACAACUUCUUCAACCGCUACCCGUUUUUCGUCGCCGGGUGCACCUUUAUUUGGCUGGUGGUGAUUCCUCUGGCGGAAGAGUAUUUGAAGAAGUGCAAGUUUGUGUCGGCGAUUGACGCGUUUAGGAAGCUCCGCGAUGACCCGAAUGCGCAGCUGCUGGACAUAAGGGACCAGAAGAACGUGCGGUUUCUGAAGUCGCCGAAUUUAAAAAUGUUUGAGAAGGAAGUGGCGCAGGUCGAGUUCGCUGAGGAUGGGAAUGAGGAUGAGUUUGUGAACAAGGUGUUGGGGAGGUUCAAGGACGCGCCAAACACUGUUAUAUGUGUUUUGGACAGUUUUGACAGUAAUUCUUUGAAAGUUGCUGAGUUACUAUUCAAGAAUGGUUUCAAAGAGGCCUAUGCAAUCAGAGGUGGAGUUAGAGGCCAGCAAGGUUGGAUGGCUAUACAGGAUUCCCUUUUGCCCCCUUCUGUGCAUAUAAGGAAAAGGGUAAAAGCUUCAAAGAAACUUGACACAAAUGGAAAUGGAGCCAUCCAGAAAAAUGAUAGUAACAAUAAGAGUUCCUUAUCCCAAGAUAUAUCUUCUGUUGAAAACCAAACAACAGACUUUGGUCAUGUGAAAAGCUCUGUAGAGUCCAUUCCAGAAGUGAAAACUGGUUCUGUAGCAUCCUCCUCUCCUUAUCCCAAUUACCCGGAUUUGAAGCCACCAUCAUCUCCAACUCCGUCAAAGCCUCAAUAGUUUUGUUGGUUAUACCAUACUCAACUGACAUCUGUUUGGCAGAAAUGAUUUCUGUAAAGACAGAAAGACAAUUUGGUGACCGUGAAAUCGUUUAUUUCUAAACUUACAAUUAUUCUUUUUCAACCUCUUGUUGAGUUUUAGAGAGUGUAAAGCACGCAAUCCAUAAACACUGUACAAGCAGAAUCAAUCUAGAUGUUUAGUAUUUA